AAGCAUGACUAGGUUACUAGUACCUAACAAGUGAGGCCUAUGAAUGCUACACGGCUUCCUAAAUCACAGUAACGCUCUCUUCGAAUCUGAAACAAGUGCUUCUCAAUUAAGGAAGUCCAUAACAAGGAAACAAAAUCAGCGUACGCAUCAAGCCACAACUAUACUACAACUCCACUGUCUGGUUAUAGGGUCCAAUCCAACCAGGAGUGGAAAUAGCAAUUCCAUUACUUACAAAACCAUUUCCCCUUCUCUUUAUUCAUCCUCUUCUCUCUCACUCUCUUUCUUCGGAACUCUCUCUCUCUCUCUCCACUCUCUCUAUCUUCGAGGGUUUCUCUUCUUCCUUGAAGAAGAAGAAGAAAGGAAGGGGAAGAGCACGACGCUGACCCAACGAAAAGCCUUUGUUGCUUUUUGAGGUGCUUCAGUCAUGUUUGGGCGUGGACCAAGGAGGAGUGAUAACACCAAAUAUUAUGAAGUUCUUGGUGUUUCAAAAACUGCUAGUGAAGAUGAAAUCAAGAAGGCCUAUAGAAAGGCAGCAAUGAAGAACCAUCCAGAUAAGGGUGGAGAUCCUGAAAAGUUCAAGGAGUUAGGUCAAGCAUAUGAAGUUUUAAGUGAUCCUAAAAAGAAAGAACUCUAUGAUCAAUUUGGUGAGGAUGCCCUUAAAGAAGGGACGGGAGGAGGAACCUCGUUUCAUAAUCCAUUUGAUAUAUUUGAAUCAUUUUUUGGAGGAGCAAGCUUUGGUGGUGGUAGUUCACGAGGUAGAAGACAGAAGCAUGGUGAAGAUGUGGUGCAUUCUUUAAAGGUUUCCUUGGAGGAUGUGUAUAAUGGCACAACAAAGAAACUAUCACUUUCUAGAAACAUAUUAUGCCAAAAAUGUAAAGGGAAAGGUUCAAAAAGUGGAACAGCUGGGAAUUGUUUUGGAUGCCAAGGCACAGGUAUGAAGAUUACAAGAAGGCAGAUUGGUCUAGGCAUGAUUCAACAAAUGCAACAUGUCUGUCCUGAAUGCAGAGGAACUGGUGAGGUCAUCAGUGAGAGAGAUAGAUGCCCUCAGUGCAAAGGAAACAAGGUUACCCAGGAAAAGAAGGUGCUGGAGGUGCAUGUUGAGAAGGGGAUGCAGCAGGGUCACAAGAUUGUUUUUGAAGGACAAGCAGAUGAAGCUCCUGACACAAUCACAGGUGACAUUGUUUUUGUAUUACAAGUAAAGGAGCACCCAAGGUUCAGGAGGGACCAUGAUGACCUCUAUAUUGAUCAUAAUCUCAGCUUAACCGAGUCACUCUGUGGCUUCCAGUUUGCUGUCACGCAUCUUGAUGGUAGGCAACUUCUGAUCAAAUCAAACCCUGGGGAAGUCAUCAAGCCAGGUCAACAUAAAGCAAUAAAUGAUGAGGGAAUGCCACAACACAAUAGGCCCUUCAUGAGGGGACGCCUGUACAUCAAGUUUGAUGUUGAUUUCCCAGACUCAGGGUUUCUGUCCCCUGAACAAUGCCAGUUAUUAGAAAAGGUAUUACCUCAGAAGACCAGCAAACAAUUGUCAGAUAUGGAGCUUGAUGAUUGUGAGGAGACCACUUUGCAUGAUGUCAACAUGAAGGAGGAGAUGAGACGAAAGCAUCAACACCAAUUCCAUGAGGCAUAUGAUGAAGAUGAUGAUGAGCCAUCUGGUCCGUCUAGAGUACAAUGUGCUCAACAGUAGCACAGCUUAUGCUAGACUUCAUUCGUCAUCUAGAAUGGUUCUGAAUGGUCAUCAUCCAUUUGCAUAAUGCAGUCAUAGCUGCGUGAUAAUUUACCUUUAGGUAUCGUCUGGUAAUGUUAUUUAGUUUACAGUUCUUGGCAGAUUUCUAUGUUAAAUUUGAAUUUUGUUGUAAUAUUUAAGUAUAUGCAAAUUAAAUGCUUUUUUGUGCAAGGUGUGGUAAUAAUGAUUGCAGAUCCCAGUUGCAUGUCUCGUGCUAUUUGGCUCUUAAGUUUUUGGGGUAAUCCUUACAUAUCCCGCAUUAGAUUUCUUUUGUUGGAGAAAUAUCGUAGUUAGUGUGACGAGUUCUAGGUUGCUGAGCUUCGCAUCAUAGCGACUCAAUGACUUGUAGUAGAAUGACAUUUUUUCUUUAGCAAGUCACAGUUGUUUUGAGAUAAAAAUUUAUUAUCUCUUCAUCACGUAUUAGUGUUGAGGGGAUAUAUUCU